AUGUUGAAGACACUAACGUCCGUGACCAUACUUAUUUGUGCCUUAAAUGGACUUACCGCGCAGCAGGAGUUCAAUAUACAAAAGAGAACAGCUAUAGAUGGUUACUAUUCAGAAGCGCACGAUGUGACGACUAGUGAUGGGUACAUUUUAGAAGUACAUAGAAUUCCUUUCCGACGUUUUCAAAUAAGUGAAAAUGAUAAAGAGAAUCCCAAACCAGUGGUAUUUUUGAUGCAUGGCUUACAAGGCUCUUCCUUGUCCUAUAUAUAUUUGGGUCCCAGACGUGCCUUAGCUUACCUCCUCGCGGAAGCGGGCUACGACGUUUGGAUGGGUAACGCAAGAGGCGGUCUCAACUCCCGCAGACACGUUACAUUAGACCCAGACGAAGACGCAGAAGACUUUUUCAACUAUUCCUAUGAGGACAUCGCUUUGAACGAUAUAUCAGACAUGAUUGAUUACAUUUUGAAAACUACUGGACAGUCACAGCUUCACUAUAUUGGACACUCUCAAGGAGGAACUGUCUUUUUCGUUAUGAGCUACAUGCGACCAGAAUACAACGAUAAAAUAAAAUCGGCUCAUUUACUGGCUGGUGUCGGUUAUAUGGAGCACUUCCCAAACAGACUCUUGAAUGCACUCGCCUUUAGUACUGACAUAAUUUACUCACUUGCCGUAGAUCAAGGUAUACUAGAAGUUCUGGGACCAAGAAAUCCCAACAAUUUUGACGAAGAAGUGUAUAGAACUAAUCCAGUGCUUAGCCUUCUGAGGAUUCUUAUAGAUGUAAUUGUUUCAAUUCACAAACAACUUGAAAUUUUAGCACCAGCAUCGAUGAAACAGUACGCUCAUUUUGGCCAGAACAUAAGAACCAAAUCAUUUAAAAGAUGGAACUAUGGGCCUCUUAAGAAUCUGAUUAAGUAUGGAUCUUUGUCCGCUCCCGAAUAUGAUCUAAGCAAGAUCACAAUAAAUACCACAAUGCAUUACACAGUCAACGAUGAUCUUUUAGAUGAACGGGACGUUUUGAGUAUGGCUAGUGUGAUACCAAACGCCAAAGUUCGUAAAAUAGCGCGUGAAACUUAUAACCACAAUGACUUCGUCCUGGCACCUGAUUCUAAGGAGUUGUUGUACGACUACAUUCUGGAAGAAUUGGAUAAGAAUCGUUAA